ACGAAACCAGCUGUAAGAAAUACAGAGGCAGCGCCAGCAUCCCGCUCCCGAUCCGCGCUACCGACUCUCGGGAUUUGUGCGCGUUUCCGUCUUUUUGCCCUGCUCAUUUACCCAUCGGGCUCACUCAGAACCGUUUGCGCACUUUUGAGGUUUCCGUCCUGAGAGCUAGUGUGCAGCAUGAUCCUUCGUUACCCGUGAAACAACAUGAAGGAUUAAAAGCGACUGAGAACAAAAUAGCUGCACGUGUGUUUGGGCAUUUGCCCCCCUUGGAGAGGUAACAUGAAAGACCACCGGCUUUGGAGAAUUCUCUGUUUGAUGACUGUCUGUUACCAGCUUGGGAUGUCAAGCCGAUACGGCUGCCUGUUUCAGAAGAAGCUGUGUCGAAGGGAGCAGCUCUGUUUGAAUGAUGGGCUCUUUGGACAGUGCCGUGGCUCCACCCAGGAGCUGGUCCAGUACCAGAUAUCCACACCACUGCUGCACAGACUGCAGGAGGCGCUUGAACAGCUAAUGAUGCAAGGCCUGUCCUGGCAGGAUGACAUCACACAGUACAUAAUCGCCAAGGAGCUGAGCCAUGUCCCCCAAAUUGGGCCUCAGCACGCCCCGCUGUCCAAGCCCUUGGGGCUGUCAGAAACAUCCCUGCCGAAGCAGAGCCGGCCCAGCUCCAAGUCCUCGCCUAUGCUCGGGUCACAGCGUUACCUGGACUACAUGGUCCUGCCAAAUCCCCCCCCGGCCUCCCUGCACUUACCAAGUCCAAUGAACCCUUAUACCUUCCAUCAGUAUGGGUAUGAGGCAGAAGAGGAGCGGUCUCUGAACAAUCUGGAGGCCGCAGGGUAUCCGCUCCAUUCCUCUCCGUUAGGGGCGGACAGGGCAGACCUGCGCGACCGAGACCAGCAGCUGCUGCAGGACCUCUCCCCUGCACCACUGCCGUCCCCCCACCAGAAGGCAGCACCUAUCUCCACCUCCCCUUUCAACGAAGAGCUGGACUUUCCUUUGGACUUCAAAGAGAACUACGUUUCCCAGGAUGCUUCCGUUGUGCAGAAACACAAGCAGCCCACAGUGAGCCAUAAAGCACUUGCAGCGCUGGAUGACGCUGCUUGGCGGAGGAUUGCUGUGCAGCUGCAGAGGUAUGGCGUUGACGUGAAGGAGCUCAGCCCUCAGCUGCUGAAGAAGCUGGCGAAGGCAGAGGAUGUGAAAGCACCAGGUCGGUAUUCUGAGGGUUUGGCCACAGUUAAGAUGGCUGAGCUCAUGGAGGGAGCUAUGCGACACACCAGUGGGAAGGGCCCCAGGCCUCCCUUCUCUCCUGCUCUCAACGGGGAGGCCCCUCUGGCCCCCAAGAACCCCCAGGCCUCGGCUCCCCCUCAGAUCCUCACAAUUACCCUGGGGACCAGUAUGACGGAGGUAGGAGCCCCCACAUCGGUGGAGGAAGUGGAAAUGGAGAAGAAGAACAUGGGCCUGACUGCAGGAGUGGACACACAGAGUCAGGAGGAGAAGGGCUACACUGUCACCAACCAGAGUGUGGUGGGUGCUGCCCUGAUGCUACACGUUCAGCAGAAGAGCCAUAACCAGAGUGCAGAGCAUGUAGCUGAAGGUGCAGUGGCCGAAAAGGCUUUCCAGCCCCCUGAGACCAAUCUGAACAUCCUGCAGUCAGGAGUCGGACAGUUGAGCGAUGGGCGAGGGUUGCCCCAGCCGACGCGGGUUCGGGACAGCUCUCGGCGGGUGUUCCUCACGCUGGUGGGCGUGGCCUGUGUUGGCGGGAUCCUUGUGGCGGCCUUCACCAUCGUCUGCCUGCGGCACCACGCCGUCCUGCUGGCUGCUGGGAAACUGGGGCUCGGGCCCGAGGGGGGCGUCAACACACCCUACGAGUACCAGGACCUGUGUCGGCAGCACAUGGCGGCGAAGUCCUCCAGCCGGCAGGAGGCGGGGGGCGGGGCCCGGGGCGGGGGAGGGGCAGACACGUCACGCGUCAGCAGCGUGUCGUCCCAGUUCAGCGACGGCGCCCAGCAAAGCCCCAGCUCCCACAGCAGCACCCCCUCCUGGUGCGAGGAGCCAGCGCAGGCCAACAUGGACAUCUCCACCGGACACAUGAUCCUGGCCUACAUGGAGGACCACCUGCAGAAUAAGGACCGCCUGGCGCAGGAGUGGGAGGCCUUGUGCUCCUACCAGGCCGAGCCCAGCUCCACCACUGCCGCCCAGAGCCAGGGCAACGUCAAGAAGAACCGCAACCCGCAGUUCAUACCCUAUGACCACUCUCGGGUGAGACUGAAGCCAGAGAUUAACACUUCCAGGGCCGACUACAUCAAUGCCAGCAUCUUAAUUGAGCACGAUCCUCGGAUGCCAGCCUACAUUGCCACCCAAGGACCCCUGUCCCACACUAUCGCUGACUUCUGGCAAAUGGUGUGGGAGAGUGGCUGUACGGUCAUAGUGAUGAUGACGGCCCUAGUUGAGGACGGACAGAAGCAGUGCGAUCGCUACUGGCCUGAUGAGGGGUCCUCCCUUUACCACAUUUAUGAGGUGAACCUGGUGUCGGAGCACAUCUGGUGUAAUGACUUCCUGGUGCGCAGCUUCUACCUGAAGAACGUGCAGACGCAGGAGACGCGCACGCUGACGCAGUUCCACUUCCUGAGCUGGCCUGCGCGUGGCAUCCCCACCUCCACGCGCCCCCUGCUGGACUUCAGGAGGAAGGUAAACAAGUGCUACAGAGGACGAUCCUGCCCAAUAAUUGUGCACUGCAGUGAUGGCACAGGGCGCACCGGGACCUACAUCCUGAUAGACAUGGUUCUCAAUCGCAUGGCCAAAGGAGUAAAGGAGAUCGACAUUGCGGCGACCCUGGAGCACAUUCGUGACCAGAGACCAGGCAUGGUGCGCACCAAGGACCAGUUUGAGUUCGCUCUGACGGCCGUGGCAGAAGAGGUCAACGCCAUCCUGAAAGCCCUCCCCCAGUGAGCUGUCACGUGCUCGGCCUGCAGCUUUCAUCUCUCUCUUCUUCCUCACACCCUCCUCUUCUUCAUCACGGUCUUCCUCUUUCUCACACCCUUGCAUCCUUACAACCUGCCUCAUCUUCAUCAGUCUUCCGCCCACAUGUCCUCCUCUUUGUCAUUAAUGUCAUUCUUCCUCAUGUCUCCUCUUCCUCACGUUCUUCCUCGUCUUAAUCAUGCUCUUCCUCUUCCUCACUGCUCCUUACCUGUUCCUCCACUUUGAUCCACAAGUAGACACAUGGAGAAUUAUCUGAACAAGAAGCAGCACACUCCAAAAAAACCCAAAAAGACUAACAAGUAUUAGUCUUAUAUUGAGACUUAUAUUGAGAUCAUAUUUGUUUUACAUUUUUGCUUAAAAAACAUGAAAGUAUUGCUAAUGAGGUAGGAGAGUAUGGCUCAUUUCAAGAUUUGCCAACGGAAUAACAGGAUGUUAAAAGCAUCUGAAUAUAUUCUACUUGAGAAAAAAGAUAUUACAAGACUAAAGCGCUUGUCAAGGUGGUCACCUUUUUACUGUGUAUGUCUCUACUGCCCCGGGUCUAAACUGAGUAACACAAGGCUCCCAGGUGCUGUAGCUGGCUGAGGCACUUAAUCGCAGUACAGCAGUGUGCCCUGUUCCAGGCCGGGUCCGGCCUGGCUGGCUGGGAGUCCACUGGUGCUAUGCAUUAUUCACUCAGCCUCUUGUUGCACAGA